ACCUUGCUUUGGCUUGAAGACGCCACCCCAAAGCAUCUUCCGCUCUCUCUCAUCUUUUGCCCGGCGUCUCUAUCUUUCCUAUAUCCUCGUAACUUUUUAACAGAAUGGUCACUCACAACCUCACCCUCAAGCCCAACGCCGCCCCCACCACCAUCAAGUUCCUCUGCAGCUACGGCGGCAAGAUCCUCCCCCGCUACCCCGACGGCAAGCUCCGCUACCAGGGCGGCCACACUCGCAUCCUCGCCGUUGACCGUUCCAUCUCCUUCGCCGAGUUACUUGUGAAGAUGGGGGAAUUGUGUGGUACCUCGGUGAGCCUGAGGUGUCAGCUGCCAACCGAAGAUCUCGACGCUCUCGUUUCCAUCACGUCCGAUGAAGAUCUGGUGAAUCUGAUCGAGGAAUACGAUCGGGCUGCGUCGCCGAAGAUCAGAGCCUUUCUCUCGCCGCCUAAGUCCGCCAAAAGAGUCUCUCCUCCGCCGUCCGCUGCCGCGUCGCCGAGGUCGGUUUACUCCGUUGGCUCGUCUUCCAGGUUGCCAGAUCGAUGCUUCCAUCCGAUUGCUAAGCCGGUAGAGGAGGACACCAUACCUCAAUCAGAAUUGCUCCAAAUAGGAGGAUGAGCAGUAGCACUCUAUUGAGUUAACAGCUGAAAGAGGCUCAACCAGCGCAGCAGUGAUGGUCCUUUCCCGCGGAGAAAGGGACCAAAACAAAGACGAAAGCAAUGAGAUUGGAGGUAUAUGCGGGGGAGAUGGAACUGGAAGGAGCUUGUUGUACAGGGGAGAGGACGGUGACCCCCUCCCCUGGGCCAUCACAGCUGUCCAUGAAAGUGGACCAAUUAAUUAAUGAAUUAAUUAAACCCAUAAAAUUUUUUUAAAAUAUAGGUGCAAUGACUGGGAGUGCAUAAAGAAACAAGAAUGAUUUUUAAUUUAGUAGAGGAGUAGUGGAGAAAGAAAGAGACUAGUGGGUUGUUUGGGCGGACGAGAGCCAUAAUUUGGGCGCAGGGGAAGGCUCUCCACUCAUGUACCCUUCGGCGGAGGUGAUGAGAUGAGAUUCGUAAUUGGACUGAUUGAAAGACACCCCCAUCCAGAAGGAACGCUAGAAUUGGACUCAUUGGAAGACACCUCCAUCCUGACCUGACCGCCGCUGGGUUCCUGACCAGAACUCAGCAACUUCGAUUCCCAGUUUUCUUUCCCCCAUCAAAUCCGGGGGGUUACUUUCGGAACAAGAAUUUAUUGACCCUGAAAGAAGAAUAAAUAUUUGCAAAAAGAAUUGAAUAAAUAAAUUAAAGACUAGAGAGAGAGAGAGAGAGAGAGAGAGUGUCUAGAGUGCGCCUCUUCUCUGGUGGUCCUAGAAUAUAAAUUAGAAAGACGGCGGAUCAAAAAGGCUAAGGUCCAAACGGUUGAAUAAGUGGCCAUCGAAGUUGUGCAUGACACGUAAUGUAAAGAAGGCUGGGUCCAAUGUAACUAGCUAAGCAGUCAAGUAGCUGUAAAAUGAUGGAGGCCAUAACGUAACAUAUUCCGUUCAUUAUUGUACAAGAUAGACCAAUGUAUAAACAAAGGAGGGGCAACAUUUAAUUCAAUGGUUUUGGAGAUUAAAAAGGAGUUGAGUUGUAUUGUAUUGUAUUGUAUGUGCAAGGAUAAUGAUAUUUUAUCAUUUAAGAA